GCACGUUUUGUAUGUAGCUCGCGAGUUGAGUCUCGCGUCGUCUUAAAGCUAAUUUUAAAUAAAAAUAAAAAUGCCGAAAGCCAAGCAGUCGAAGAGAAGGAAGAAGUUCGACUACAACACGGACCGGAAGAAGCUGAAGAAGAAGUUCAUAAAGAAGGCCAAGCCGAGGAUUGAGCAUGCACAGAUCCGAAAUGCCUGGGACGACAAUAAGUCCACGGCCAGGAACCUGCAGGAGAUGGGUCUGUCGUUGGAUCCCAACCGGGCGCUGCCCAUAAAGAAACAGGCGCUCCUCGGUGCGGGCAAAGAUGACUGUAGACCCGCCCCCCUCAUCACCAAACCCUACAUCCUCAGCAAGCUGCAGGAGGAGGCCAGCCUCCAGGAGGAGGACUCCAAGACGCUGUCGUCCGACCUGAUCGAGUACGUCCAGCACAUGAUCCGGGAACAUAAGGACAACUACAAGGCGAUGGCUCGAGACGAGAAGAACUACUACCAGGACACGCCCAAACAGAUCAAGAGAAAGAUCAACGAGUACAAGCGCUGCCACCCGCAGCACUACGACGCCUUCAUCAGCUCCCUGGCAGCGCCGGAGGCCAUGGACCAGUAGGCGGCUCGGUCCGGACGGCCGUAACGCGGCGAAGACAGAAACUGUUGGACCAGCAGCGUUUCUGCGUGAACGCUCUUCCUCUGUUCUGUCGGAGGAAUACUUUCCCUGUCUUUACCUUUUUAUAACUCCUUUUUUUUUAUUUAUCAUAAACUUCUCGAGAGCCUUUAUGUUCUGGCUUCUAGACCCGAUUCUUUGGGUCUUUUUGACUGGAGGCGUCUGCAGGAAACCAGGCCAAACAGAAACCAACAAUAAACAAAGUAACACCCAGUGGAAAACCUUUUUUACUGCCAAUUAUUUAAUAAAGGGUUUCGCGUGUGACUCUUACGAGCUUAUUAUACGCUAGUAACAGCCAACAUCACAAACUGAUGGAUCUCAAACUAUAACUGUUCACAGACUGGCUUUCUUUAACUUCCACCUCCUGCGUAGACUAGAUCAUCAGCCAGUAGAUUGGUAAGAAGCUGACAGCUAUGCGCCUCAGUCGUCCCCUGGUCUGAAGCUCCCUGUAAGGUCGUGGGAAGAGCAUGAUCGUUAGAAAGUUGAGGGAAUAACUCCCACGACAGGAGUAGCUCGUUAAGGAUUUCAUAAUUAAAAU